GCGGCGGCCCAGGCCGGAGAAGUUAGUUGUGCGCGCGGCUCGUGCGCCGAGUCAGCGAGCGAGCGAGGGAGGCAGCGAGGCGCCGGGGCCAUGGGCUGGGGGAGCCGCGGCGGCCGCCCGGGACGCCCGGACCUGCUGUGCGUGCUGGCGCUGCUCGGGGGCUGCCUGCUCCCCGUGUGCCGGACGCGCGUCUACACCAACCACUGGGCGGUCAAAAUCGCCGGCGGCUUCCCGGAGGCCAACCGCAUCGCCAGCAAGUACGGAUUCAUCAACAUGGGACAGAUCGGAGCCCUGAAGGACUACUACCACUUCUACCAUAGCAGGACGAUUAAAAGGUCAGUUCUCUCGAGCAGAGGAACCCACAGUUUCAUUUCAAUGGAACCAAAGGUGGAGUGGAUCCAACAGCAAGUGGUAAAAAGACGGACCAAGAGGGAUUAUGACUUCAGCCGUGCGCAGCCUACUUACUUCAACGAUCCCAAGUGGCCGAGCAUGUGGUAUAUGCAUUGCAGUGAUGGGAAGAAUCAAAACACCCAAGCUGCCUGGGGAAGAGGAAGUCCUAACCGUCUUCAAAUAGAACGCACAUGCACAUCAAUGUGA